GAUAAGAUACGAUGCAGCCUGGUUGUUGGCUGCGAGCCAGCCAGCCAGCAGGAGCAGCAGUAGCAGUAGCAAUAGGAGCAGCAGCAGUAGCAUCAUCCGAGCAUAUGCAGUCAACGGCAUCUGUGGCCACAUUGGCCUCUAUUUCAUCCAUUGCAUCCACUUCGGCAUCGGCCAUGGCCGCAUUGCGCGCACGUCCUUAUCUGGUUGCCCCAUACGUGGCCACCGCCUCCGCACCGCCCACACCACAGCCGCAUGCUGUCAAUACCUUGUCCAGUGCACGCACAGCGCCCGCAACGCCAACGCGACAGCGCUUUGGAGAUAGUGAGCCAUCGUCAUCGCAUUGCCAUUAUCCGCACCAUAUUGAUGUUGAUAGUGUGCAGGAUUUUGGAUUGGCCAUGGCCAUGGAGGAGUUGCCGCCGCAAUACAGCAAGCCCAAAUCCCAGCGCUUCUUUUGGCGCAAGGCGCUCAGACGCGUCUUCCAGCGCCGCAAGUGACGUCAACUGCGCCGUCGACGGCAAGAUUUGCCCCGUUGGCGUCCACGUCGCUGCCGGCGGCGCACGCUGGCCGAGCGUGUGCGCCGCAUAUGCGCCUGCUGUGCCUAUGGCCAGGUGUUGUUGCGCAACGCCCGCCUCGCUCUGCUCAGCUGCAUUCGUUGGCGCACACGUGGCAACAUACGCAACAACAACUUUUACUUUAGCAAUCACUAAACAAUAAUAACAAAAGCAACUGCAAAUGCUCUGCUCUGCACAGGCACACCACACACACACACACACACUGACACCUUCCUCCCACACAAACACACACACACACACAAAUGUUAAACUAAAAAAUGUUAAUGCGAAAUCUGAUUUAGUUGUUAAAGCAUAUGCACCUAAUUUAUUUCCUUGUGUUUUACACCGAUUAGACAAUUUUUCCUUUGAUACAAUUAUGAAAUUAUAAGCAUUACAUUUUCCUAACUUUA